AUGGCCGCGCUCGACAAGAUCCCAAGCCUGAAAACGAUCACCGACCCGCUCACCUCAGGCCACAAACAGCAACCCCACCACCCACUAAGUCCAACAAAUUACCCCAAAGCCGAAGAAGCUCAAGAACGAUCGAUAUUUCUACCUCCGCUCGGAAUACUCCUGUCCAAAUCCGGCGACACGGGCUGGACUUGGUACGCUGCUUCCACUGGCGCCGUCCCACCCUCUGAUUCUCAGUACGCUGGCAACUUGACACCAUCUCCGUUCUAA